AUCAUGUGUUGAGCAAGGAAAGGAAGAAAUAUGGAGUGUUUAUUGGUCAAUGCCGUGCCAUUUGAACUUUCGUUCCUGCUAUUAUUGAAUUACUGGUUCUAAUCACGACCACGUGUAUCGUAUCUACUAUCUACUUCUACUUCCUUGCUUAAAUUCUUACAAGAAGAGAUGACAACUGAAACACAGGCACCCUACCCGACCCACAAAACCAUGGCGGCCAACACCACCGUGAUCGGCCAACAGGAUUAUGAUAGAGCUCAACAAGUCAAGCAAUUCGAUCAAUCCAAGCUCGGAGUCAAAGGCCUCGUUGACUCCGGCCUCACCUCCAUCCCCCGUUUCUUUAUCCACCCGCCCGAAACACUACCCGACCUCCGACCCCAUACUAAACCCCAAACCCAGCAACAACCGAUCCCCACCAUCGACCUCUCCGAUCUUCACACCCAUCGCCGCUCAUCCAUCGUCCAACAAAUCAGCCGCGCCUGCCGAACAUUCGGUUUCUUCCAGAUCACCAACCACGGCAUCCCGUCUGCGGUUCUGGACCGUACGAUUGCCAGCAUCAAGGCCUUCCACGAGCAGCCGACGGAGGUCAAAGCGCCGGUCUACAGCAGAGAGAUGGGCACGGGCGUAUCUUAUCUGUCCAACGUCGACCUGUACAGCUCAAAAGCCGCCAGCUGGAGGGACACGCUUCAAGUAAGGCUGGGACCCAUUCCGGCGGUUCCUGAAGAAGUGCCGGAGAUUUGUCGGGACGAGAUUGUUGGGUGGGACGGGGAGAUCCUACGGCUGGGAGAGGCGCUGAUGGAGUUGGUGAGUGAAGGGUUGGGAUUGAGCGCGGGGAGGUUGAAGGAGAUGACGUGUCUGGGAGGGAGGGUGAUGGUGGGCCAUUACUACCCGUACUGCCCCCAGCCUGAUCUGACGGUGGGGCUUACAUCUCAUUCUGACCCGGGAGUGUUGACCUUGCUGCUUCAGGACCACAUGGGUGGGUUGCAGGUUAAGCACGGUGAGGGUUGGGUGGACGUGAAACCCGUCCCAGGCGCUCUUGUUAUCAACGUUGGAGAUUUACUUCAGAUUAUGUCCAACGGGGAAUACAAGAGUGUAGAUCAUCGGGUGUUGGCAAACUCAAACCGCGAGCCACGGGUGUCAACUGCAGUGUUUUUCAAUCCAAGCAAUAGAGAGGGCACCUAUGGUCCAUUGCCAGAGCUGGUCUCGCCCGAGAAACCGCCACUUUACCGAGAGUUCACGUUUUCAGAGUUCAUGCAAAGGUUCUUCAAGAAAGGAUUGGAUGGCAAAGCUUUGGUCAAUCACUUUGAGCUGUGAAAAAUACCACCUCACCAAACUGUACUCUGUGUGUGUAACUCACCCUCUGUAAUAAUAAGACUGUUAAAAUUCAAUCUUAUGUAUCAGGAAAGUUGAUAGUGUUGUGUGGUAAUUUAUCUUCCUCAAAGGUUAUGUAGAUUAUUUGAAUUCAAAAAGCUUA